CGCUUUUGCGCAUGCGCGUCAAGAAAUUCAGUAAUGUAUAUUCGAGUGGAAAAUUUGUGGUUUAGCUCGUAGUAGAAGUUAAAGUAAUAUCAAAAAUAAUAAGAGAGUUAAUAUGAUUUAUGCAAUAUGGAUUUAAACGUUGCUAUCAACUUUUUUAUUAAUUUUACCUGAAUUUUCACUUUAUUAUGAUUUUUUUACAAAAACGUCGAAAUAGGAUAUCUCUAGAAUCUUUAAAAGUCGAGAUUGAUAUCACGCUGUUCUCGAAUGCGCAUGCAUGAAAAAAUUUAGACCACGCUGGCAUUUGUGUAUCAAAAUUUGACAUUUCAUUUUUUUUAGGUUAUAUCUCAUUAGUCAAUUAGCAAUUAGCAAUUAAGACAUUUCCUUUUCAUGAACAUGAUUUCGAGAUUAUAAUGCCGCGGAAGAUACGUGUUAUGUUCGCGACCGCGACAGCGCUGGGUAUAUGUGUAGUGAUAUUUCAGGUAAUUUGUUACUGCCAUAUCAGUACUUCUCAACAAAGAUUGACAUAUCUCGAUGUUCUGUCACGCCCAGAUGACGACAUACCCGUCAUAUUAUGGUGGACGCCGUUUGGUAAUAAUAAUCAAGUGAGAACCUGCGGAAACUUUAGGUGUUACUUUACGUACAAUAGAGUAUUUCAAAACAAUAAACGCUUGAAAGGUAUUCUGUUUUAUGGAAGUGAUCUCCACAUUCAUGAUUUGCCCAACUGGAGAAGCAGUGCCAUAUCGUGGGGCUUGCUCCAUGAAGAAUCUCCCAGGAACAAGCCCAUACUUGUUCAUGAAAAAGCACUCAAUCUUUUUAAUUACUCCUCGACUUUUAGUAGGUUCAGUAAUGUACCAUUGACGCUUCUUGAUUUAUCAAGUCAAGAAGAAUUAGUAGAUAAAUCAUAUUAUGUACCUACCAAAGAAAAGUCUGCAUUGAUGCAUGCAGAGAACUUAGCACCAGUAUUAUAUAUUCAAUCUGACUGUGAUACAGCUAGUGACAGAGACCGCUAUGUCAUAGAACUAAUGAAACAUAUUCGAGUUGAUUCCUAUGGUGCAUGUGUGAAUAAUGCUCAGCUUGAUGACAGGUUGAGGCACAAUUAUCUUGAUAUUUUAAAUGAUCGUGAAUUUUUGUCCUUUGUGGCCAAGUACAAAUUUACCAUAGCUUUUGAAAAUGCAAUCUGUGAUGAUUAUAUCACAGAAAAACUGUGGAGGCCGCUCAUUGUUGGCUCUGUACCCAUAUAUUAUGGAUCACCAUCCUUUAAGGAUUGGCUACCAAAUAAUAAAUCUGCUAUUUCAAUAUUAGAUUUUGCUAGUCCCAUAAAACUUGCCAACUUUCUGCACAACCUCUUGAAAAAUGAUUCAGCAUAUGAAGAAUAUCUAUCUCAUAAAUUAGAUAAGCGUGAAAACCAUAUUACAAACAAUAGAUUGCUACGCGCACUUGAAAAGAGAUCGAUAGGUCCUAAUGAAUUUGGGAAUUACAUGGAAGAAUUUGAAUGCUUUGUAUGCGAAAAAGUACAGAGAAAUAAUCAUGAGUUGAAAAAAAGUAUAGUUACGAAAAAGCAAUACAAUUGUCCUAUGCCAAUAGAUCCAAUAACAGGUGGAAUUAAUAAACACAAUUGGUGGAGAGAACAGUGGAAAAUUGAGAAAUGUGGAGCUAAAUUAUUAGCUCAUUAUAUAACUAAUAAUAUCAGUAUUGAUACCAAUUUUGAUGAACAGAAGAUAAAAAUAUUUAACAAGAAUGAAUGUUGAGAUACAUAAAACGAAAAAUGUAUUUUUGAAAAAUGUAUUUUGACAAUUUUGAUAAUGUAAAUACGACUGAUUCGUGAAUUGUAUAGGUGUAUGAAUACCUAUAAAUCUGAGUGUAUGUUAUAA